AUGAAUAAAUACUUUAUUGAUCAACUAAGCUGGCCUGCGUUUCUUGGGCUGCCAAUAUACCAAAGUGCUUCGUUUUUUAAUUCGCCAGUACACAGGGACCAAAUAGAUAAGUCACAUUGCAGGCCAAGUUAUCUUGAAUGGCUUCUCAUUGGAAGUUCUUUUGGGUUUCUGGCAAUUUUUGAUGUGGAGUUUAAAAUCCUCUUGCAGGCGUUUCGACUAGAGGGGUUUAGCUCCAUCACUUCCAUUAUCUUGUUUCCGUUUGAAUGGGACGAGAUCUCCUGUCUCCCCUUCAAAAAGGAUAUCUACAACGGCAAAGAUAAAGAUAUCGCACAAAUUGAGCACUCCAAAUUAUUUGAGGAUUUCUUUUCUCAGAUGACGAUUUCUUCUGAAAAGCACUACACUUCCAUGUAUGGUCCAAAACAUCCCUUAUCAACAUCCGUUAACCAGUGGAAUAUUAGGGUUUUGGUUGCGGGGAAGGGAUAUCGAACCCCUCAUUGUUCCCUUUGGGAGCUGUCAUCCAAUGGCGAACAGCUAUUGCCCCUUGCUGUGAUUUACCAUUCCUUGGCUACAAUCCACAUUCCUGUACGUCAAAUCAUAGGCUCAAAAAACCUUCCAACGUGGGAAUCUAAAAUCCAACUACUUUCCCAAGGUGAGAUCAUCAUAUCGUUUUCCGAUAAAAAGACAUCCACCACAUCUUUCAUCAAAAUUUCAUCUUUGCUCGAUUCUAUCUGA